AUGGACGUCGAAAUUGAGUUUCAAAUAAGUCAAUUUCUUGAUUCUAACACUACUUCACUAGCUCAGCAUGUUUAUUCGAGUCAUACUGUUCACCGAGUUAGCACUGUUAUAACUCAUCACUGUUCAUCUACUACCUUCAGCUUCAGUCAGAAUCCAGAGAGAAAAUGCAGAGGAAUGAUCAAUGUUAGUGUCAAUACCAUGGAAGACAAGCGUUUGCAUACUGAUUUUGGUUGGACAAAGAGAACAACAACAUGGGCUUUGGAAUUGCAACAUGCAAGCCCGAUAGUAAAAAUUACACACACCGAAGGUUUGCAAGGUAAUAAACAUAAAAUUGUCCAUUUCCAGUUGAUUCUUGAGAAAAGAGAAAGCUACAUGUCGCUUUCAAAUAUAAAAGCGACAGCAACAACUUGCAGUUUCUGCGGAAAUGCUUCACUCUUAUACGGUUCUGCUCUCACUUCUCCUACUACGCGUUUCUGUUCACUCUUUCUUCUCCCGCCAGCUGAAGCUGUUGAUGAUACUUACACUCUUCCUUAUGAGUACUUCGUUAACUGUGGAUCAAAGGCUAGUGUCACCUUUGGAAUCAGGAACUUCACAGGAGACGGUCCCUUUUCUGGAAGAGGAUGCAAACCUGUCCAAGACACUAAACCUUCAGGUGAUACACCAAUGCUCUAUCAAACAGCAAGAAUAUUCAGACGCCCUUCCCCUUAUAAGCUUGAAAUAAGCCAAAAGGGCACGUACCUGGUACGUCUUCAUUUCUUUGCUCUCUCAUCUUCUGUCAGUUUAGCGGAUGCUGUGUUUAAUGUCUCAGCCCAACCUAAUGCCUCAGCUCCAUUGCUUUUACUGUUGUCGAAUUUUACCACGAAAAAUAGCAAUGAAUCCACAGUGGUUAAGGAAUUCUUACUUAGAAUUGGAGCUGGUAAAUUCUUGACCUACUUCAUACCUUCUCAAAUAUCAUGUUGCUUUGUAAUUGCCAUUGAAGUCUUUCUUGCCCCUAAUGGCUUCAUCCCUGAUUACGCCACACACAUAAAUUUGUCUGGGAUUAAAGGCAAUUAUAGUGGUUUACUUUCUAAUGUUUUGCAAAAAGCUUAUAGAAUCGAUAUCGGAGGUCCCAACAACACGGAAAAGAAUGAUACACUUAUGAGGUAUUGGACAUCAGAUGACCAGUUUUUGCUCUUCCCAGGAUUUGCUAAAAACAGGCCAAUCAGCUAUGAUCAAUUAGAAUCUGAACAUGGAACUAAUGGUUCAACUAGGUAUAUUGGCCCAGAGGAAGUCUAUGGGACUGCCAAAGAAUUGAAUUCUAAUAAUAGCAGCAAGAUAAAGUUUUCGAGUAGUACUUGGCGUUUUAAAGCCAAUGAGCAUGCUAGGCACUUUGUUCGGGCGCAUUUCUUUAAUAAGUUGGUAGCUCCAUUUUAUGCUGAUUUUGUUGUUGAUUCUGUUAAAUCUGGAAAUUUUGUCAUAAGUGUUGCCCCUCCUAAAGAUGAUACAUAUCAAAUUGCCUUUUUGAAUGGCCUUGAGAUUAUGCAGCUAAUGGAAAAUUCAUAUUCGUCUUUUGUGCCAAUGCCACCCAAGCCCAAGAACAAAAUUUUGUUCAUUAUUGACGGUUCACUUGGUCUGGCAUUUGCAUUCAUUAUAAUGGCGGUCGCAAUGAUUCGUCUAGUUUGCAAGAAAGAAGAUGCGGUUGAAAAUCCACGUUUGCCAUCUUCUUUGGCUUUUCCUGGAUGGAGUGAAAAUGACAUGUCAAAUUCUACAACUGUUGGUCAUGGUUUGGACCUUGGAUUAAGGAUACCCUUUGCUGAAAUACGGCAAGCAACACAAGAUUUUGACUCAAAACUUUUCAUUGGUGAGGGUGGAUUUGGAAAAGUAUAUGGUGGAACUCUUCAUGGUAAGAAAGUCGCUGUUAAACGAAGGAAACCAGGAUACAAGCAGGGUCUUGCGGAAUUCCAGACAGAGAUAAUGGUACUUUCCCGAGCUUGCCAUCGCAACCUUGUUUCCUUGAUGGGAUUCUGUGAUGAAAGGUCUGAAAUGAUAUUGGUUUAUGAAUUCAUGGAAAAGGGGAAUCUUAGAGAUAAUCUAUAUGACACAAAUGGCUGUUCUAAACAAAAUGGAUUGUCAUGGGAGAAAAGACUUGAGAUCUGCUCAAAACUACCUUGCUUGUCUUGGAAGCAAAGGCUUGAAAUUUGCAUUGGUGCAGCAAGAGGACAACAUUACCUCCUCAAAGGUACAUCUGGGGGCAUCAUCCACCGUGAUGUCAAGUCCACAAACAUCUUGCUUGAUGAGAACCUUGUAGCCAAAGUAGCUGACUUUGGCCUUUCAAGAUCAGGUUCUCCUGAUCAAACCCAUGCCAGCGCAGACUUUGAAGGAACUUUCAGUUCUCUUGAUCCUGAGUACUUUAGGACACAACAGCUGACAGAAAAAUCUGAUGUUUAUUCGUUCGUUGUGGAGGUUCUUCUUGAGAUGCUAUGUGCGAGGCCAGCUAUCAACCCUACACUUCCAAGAGAGCAAGUGAACCUAGCCGAAUGGGGAAUGCUUUACAAGAGGAAAGGAUUGCUUGAGCAGAUUGUGGAUGCAUCCGCAAAAGUUUGGAUCAAUCCCAACUCAUUAAUAAAAUUUGCAGACAUUGCAGAGAUAGCAGAGAAAUGUUUGCAGGAAGAUGAUGCUGAUAGGACAACCAUGGGUGAUGUGGCAUGGGACUUGGAGCAUGCUUUACAGCUUCAGCAAACAGCAGUUGUACGAGAGCCACAUGAGGACAGCACGUCCAAUGCUUCCGGUAUUUUAUCAUUUCCCGUUCUCCAGCGCUUUCCUUCCAAGAGUGCAGAAUUUGGUAGAGAUGAUAGGUCCACUAUAGAGGAGGAUGACUCUGACUCUGACUCAGUCCCGUUAUCAAGUGAAGUUUUCUCCUAAUUGAGAAUUAAUGAUGCCAGAUAAAUCAUUCAGUUUACAAGGCACAGUACUAGUUUAGCGUCUUUGGUCUAUGUAUGUUUCAUAUCUGAAAUCAAAUUGACACUGCUUUCUUUUUGAAC